AUGGCUGACCAAAAGCUCGCCACGAGCUUCACAGGCACGCAGACGCAAUCUCUCCCUCCUCCAUCGCUACCACUGCUCGUUGCUGAGCAAGCCCAUCCUAUCCCCUCCUCUGAGCAAGACAGCCAGCGCCUCAUCGUAGUCCUGUCUAACGCCAGCUUGGAGACAUACAAGGCUGCCCACGGGCGCAAUGGCAUGAAAGAUGACAAGUACAGCUUGUUGAACAGCGACGAGCACAUCGGCGUCAUGCGCAAGAUGAACCGUGACAUCAGUGAUGCACGACCAGAUAUCACACACCAGUGCCUCCUCACGCUCUUGGACUCGCCCGUCAACAAGGCUGGCAAGUUGCAAAUAUACAUUCAUACCGCAAAGGGUGUGCUUAUUGAGGUUUCGCCUACGGUUCGCAUUCCGCGUACAUUCAAGCGAUUCGCCGGUCUCAUGGUCCAGCUUCUACACAAGCUUUCCAUCAGGAGCACUACCUCGCAAGAGAAGCUUCUGAAGGUCAUCAAGAACCCAAUCACCGACCACCUGCCACCAAACUGCCGAAAGGUCACGCUGUCAUUCGAUGCUCCCGUGGUGAGAGUUCGUGACUACAUAUCGGAUCUUGGACCAAAGGAGAGCAUCUGCGUCUUCGUGGGAGCCAUGGCGAAAGGCACAGACAACUUCGCCGACGCCUUCAAGGACGAUGCCAUCUCCAUCUCCAACUACUCCUUGUCCGCCAGUGUGGCUUGCAGCAAGUUCUGUCACGCUGCCGAGGACGUCUGGGACAUCAUAUAA